AUGCCACCAAAGAAGAAGGUUGAAGAACAAAAGAUCUUGCUAGGUCGUCCAGGUAACAACUUAAAAGCUGGUAUUGUCGGUUUGGCCAACGUCGGGAAGUCUACUUUUUUCCAAGCCAUUACUAGAUGUCCAUUGGGUAACCCAGCCAACUACCCUUUUGCUACCAUUGACCCUGAAGAAGCCCGUGUUAUUGUUCCUUCUCCAAGAUUCGAUGAGUUGUGUAAGAUUUAUAAGCCUGCCUCUGAAGUGCCAGCUCAUUUGACCGUGUAUGAUAUUGCUGGUUUGACCAAAGGUGCUUCUGCUGGUGAAGGUUUAGGUAAUGCUUUCUUGUCUCACAUUAGAGCUGUCGAUUCCAUCUAUCAAGUUGUCAGAUGUUUCGAUGAUGCCGAAAUUAUUCAUAUCGAAGGUGAUGUUAACCCAGCUCGUGAUUUGGAAAUUAUCAACACUGAAUUGAGUUUGAAAGAUAUUGAAUUCUGUGAAAAAGCUUUAGAAGCUGCGGAAAAGAUUGCCAAGAGAGGUGGUCAAUCCUUGGAAGUUAAACAAAAGAAGGAAGAAGCUAAAUUCAUUGAAAGAUUGAUUGAAUUGUUGAAAUCUGGCCAAAGAGUUGCCAACCAAACUUGGACCCCUAAGGAAGUCGAAAUUAUUAACUCAUUAUAUUUAUUAACCGCUAAGCCAACUAUUUAUUUGAUCAACUUAUCAGAAAGAGAUUACAUUAGAAAGAAGAACAAGCAUCUUUUGAAAAUUAAGGAAUGGGUUGAUGCUCAUUCUCCAGGUGAUUUAAUUAUUCCAUUUUCUGUUUGUUUGGAAGAAAAAUUAUCUCAUAUGACUGAAGAAGAAAGUGCUGAAGAAUUGAAAAACUUGGGUACUGUUUCCGCUUUACCAAAGAUCGUUACCACCAUGAGAAAGAAAUUGGAUUUGAUUUCCUUCUUCACUGCUGGUGCUGACGAAGUUCGUGAAUGGACUAUUAGAGAUGGUACUAAAGCUCCACAAGCUGCUGGUGUCAUUCAUAAUGAUUUAAUGAACACUUUUAUCUUAGCUCAAGUCAUGAAAUAUGCCGACGUCAUCGAAUACAAAGAUGAAGCUGCUGUUAAAGCCGCUGGUAAAUUACAACAAAAGGGUAAAGAUUAUGUCGUAGAAGACGGUGAUGUCAUUUAUUUCAGAGCUGGUGCCGGUAAGAAUUAG